GCUGCUUUUCUGGAGACAGUGACCACUUUUUGGCAAUUCAUCAGCGAAAGAGUGGAAAACCUGUGUUUAUUUAUCACCACGUGCAGAGUGUGGAGAAAAGUCUGGAUACAGACAGUUAUAAGAAUUCCAAACAAAAUUUCCAUUCUGCUUCCCACACCAGGAUAAGCAAGUUGCACCCUGCAAUAAUUGUUAAAUCAACCUUCCCCAGAUCUGCCUACAAUCCAUCCCUCAACCUUUUAGUUAUGACUGGUCAAGAUUUGGAGGUGGAAAAUCUUCCAAUUCCUGCAACAAAUGUGAUUGUUGUGACACUGCAAAUGGAUGUAAACAAGCUGAAUAUCACAUUGCUUCGGAUAUUUCGCCAAGGUGUGGCAGCAGCACUGGGACUGUUACCUCAGCAAGUUCAUAUCAACAGACUCAUUGGGAAGAAGAACUGUGUGGAACUGUUUGUGUCCCCACUGAACAGAAAGCCAGGAAUUUCUGAGGCGCUCCCAUCUGAAGAAGUGCUGCGUUCCCUUAAUAUCAACAUUUUGCAUCAGAGUUUAUCCCAGUUUGGAAUAACAGAAGUCUCCCCUGAGAAAAAUGUUUUGCAAGGCCAGCAUGAAGCAGACAAAAUCUGGAGCAAAGAAGGAUUUUAUGCGGUCGUCAUAUUUCUCAGCAUCUUUGUCAUUCUAGUAACCUGUUUAAUGGUUCUCUACAGAUUAAAGGAGAAGAUCCAGUUGUCACUGAGACAAGAGAAGGAGAAGAAGCAGGAGAUCCACCUCUCACCCCUUCCUCUGCAGACGUCUCAGUCCGAGUAUAAGACCACCAACAGCAUGGUCCAGACUGAACAGGCUCCAAAGAUUGUCAAUGUUGUAGUGGACCCUCAAGGCCAGUGUGUUCCUGAGCUCAAACCUCCCCUGUGUGUCAGUCCAUCUCCUUUCAGAAUGAAACCUGUGGGGCUCCAGGAAAGACGAGGAUCCAAUGUCUCACUGACUUUGGAUAUGAGCAGUCUGGGAAGUGUUGAACCUUUCGUCGCUGUGCCAACCCCACGAGAAAAAGUAGCGAUGGAAUAUCUACAGUCAGCUGGCCGAGUCCUGACACGGCAGCAGCUUCGAGAUGCAGUUGCAUGUUCUCAUUUACUUCAAACUGAAUUCAUG